UGUGGAGCUGUGGAAAUACCAAAGAAAUACAGUAAUGAAAUCGACACCCCUCACGAUUUGCGAGUAGCAGAAGCACAGUUAAUCUCUGAAGCUCAACUUGAUGCGCAAUCGUUUUUGUGAGGUGUCAAAACAUGGCGACUGAUCUUGCGUUUGGGUCAGUUCCUCCGUAUUAUCGUGAAGUUUAUAAUAUAAUUUCACCGACUUCCAGUAAUGUCAGUAAGGAAUUAUUUACCAAGUUGCUUGUCAAAUCAGGGCUUCCAUCUCAAACAUUAAGUUCGAUCUGGGAGCUCAUUGACACAAAACAAGGAUCACUUUCUCGAAGCAAUUUGUACAAGGCUUUGGCCUUGGUUGCUUGGGCACAACAGGGCAAACAGCCAAGUGCAAAACUUCUAGAAAAUUUUUCUGGGGAGGAGCUUCCUCGACCUGAACUUGGUGACUUAUCAGAUCUUGCACCGGAGAGAACGACAAGUCUAACACAGCUUGGUUUACGAUAUCCUGACAUCUGCCAGUUUGACACGAUAGAAGUCGACUUGGUACCUGAAAAGAAAGGACUCUUUCUAAAACAUGUAGAAUAUCAAGUAUCCAGCAAGAGAUUUGGUACUCUUGUGAGGAGGCGGUACAAUGAUUUUGUGGCACUUCAUGAGCUACUGCUUGUGAGAUUUCCAUACAGACUCAUUCCUAAGCUGCCACCAAAGAAAAUGGUUGGAGCGGAUUCUCACUUUAUCGAAGAGCGACGCAAAUCCUUGAGAAGAUGGUUGACGCUAGUAGCUCGUCAUCCUGCACUAAGUGGGGACCCACUGCUUAGUUUCUUCCUGACGUACUCUGGAGCCGACGUUCAACAUAAGAUCCGAGAAAUAUUUAGGAGGGUGCCAGAUGAAUUCACCACUUCAGAGCUUGCAGCUCGUGCGAAGGAAUUGGUACCACCUGAAACGCACAGUGAAUUUGCCAACAGUCGAGACCAGAUUAGAGUUAUACUUAAUGGCGUAUCUCGCCUCAAGCAAAUUGCUGAUGUCUUGGCAUUGAGGUCACAUGGGUAUGCGGCUGAUAUGGCUGAGCUCGGAUCCCAACUAACCAGCCUGGCGAAUGAGCCACAUGGUUCAUCAAAUUGGGCUACAGGUGGUAACAGUGUUUGGGCUGACAUGAAGAAAGGAUUUCAUAUUAUAUCCAAGGAAUUUAGUCUCUUGUCAAACAAAGCAUUGCAGCAAGCUGUAAGGGAAGAAGAUGAAGUCUGUGAGAGGCUAAACCUUUUGCUGGAUAUUUUGGUGGCUCACAGGGAACUUUGUGAGAGGCAUGAAAAAGGUGUUUCACAGGAUCACAACAAGGCUUUAGCAAAGAUGCUGUCUCUGAAGAAGAGGCAGAUGCAGGGAGUUAUUAGAGGAACUGAUGCUGAAUCUGUGGAACAGUUGGAGACAAAGAUGAUGGAACAGGAAUCUGUAAUUGCUAAUGUUGAGCUCCGCAAUGCAUUCUCUCUACACUGUCUCCACCUGGAGACACAGUUAGUACAUGCACACUUAGAGAUUCUGGCAGCCGUACUGGGAACUCUUGUCGCUGUGCAGAUUAGGGGACAUUCUGAGAUGGCGGACGUUUGGCAACUAAUUCAGCCGACAGUCGCCAAAUGCUUGCCAGAUAAGAAUCUGCAACAUCCUGUAAAUGGUACUACCCCAUCUUCUGAGAAAUGAAUACUCAUGAAGAGAUAUGUUGGUCAGUGUUCCUUAAAAGUUCGGUAGCAGCUGAGGAAGCUCAUGGUGGCAUGAUGUGAAUUUUAAUUCAGUGAGUGAAAUUCUGUUGGUGUCCCGAGAACUGGUAGGUACCUGUCAUCUAUUCUGCAUUGACUGAAUGAAGUGGGAUGUCAAAUGAACUGACUCAUCAAGCCACAAAUUAAAUGUUGGUUUUAAGCUGGCAUUUAUAGGAAUAUAUGUGCCAAAUUCCAGAUAACAAUAAUUUUAUAGUAGUUUAGAACACCUUGUUCCUACCUGUUUAACGUUGUUCUUCAUUUAUUUAAUACUAGUAGCUGAUCUGGUGAUAAGAUGACAAAACACUGUUGUAGGUGUUUCUUUAUGAAAUGUGCGUUGAAUGAAUAUUCAUUUGUAUUACUUAAUAAGAAUACUGUAGAUAAUUAGUGCCAUUAUGUUGAGUCUAACACCUACUGAGAUUAUCCAACUGUCUUUAUGGCUGUUUUUAAAAGAAGAGAAUUCAUCGUCGUGUGUCAAGUGGCAUUUAUAUCACAGGUGCGUGUAGACUGAAGUUUUAAGACAUUCAUUUUGUUUAAUUUGGACAGAUGUAGAUGGGAGGAUGGUAUUAAAAUGAAUCUUAGAGAAAUAGGCCGUGGCACAGGACAGGAAUCAGUGGGUGGUUCUUGAACAGAUGUGUAAUAGUUGGCAUUCUACUGCCGGAAAUGUAUCACAUUCCUUAAUAGCUACAAGAGUUUGAUAUUUUAGAAAGGUUUUACUUAACUGCAUUUACAUGACAUUUGAAGGUUACAUCACACAGAACUUCCUUUUAAGGGCUGUUCCUUUCCAAAGGAAAAAUGUUACAAAAUAAUGCUAUAUAUAUAUGCACCAAUUGCUCUUAAGACUUCCAUUUUUUCUCAUAUGAAUAGAUAGUCUAAAUCAUACUAUUACUUCUUAAUCUAUUUGCAUAAUAGUUAAUGAGACUUUUCUUAUUUCUGAAGUUUCAAAUUAACAAUAGGGCUUCCUUUUAAUUUUAUAAACAAUGAAAAUCACAUUCUUUUUGCAAAAUUCCCAUAGGAAACUCAAAUUAUGUUUUUUGUUUGUGCCUCAGAAGGCUUAAAAUUAAAGUAUGAAUGUUAUGUGUGGAAACUAGAAGAAUUAAAUUUGUAAUGAGUUGAAGUACAGCUAUGAAACUGUUUUUAACUCCAAUACUAUCUUAUGUCAUGAACCGGGAUAGCUCAGUCAGUAUAGUGACUAGCUAUGGGCU